UGUUCUGUCAGCUCCUGACGAACGUGUGAGGAUGGAGAAGAAGUUAGGUGUUGACCUGCAGACGGAGACAUCAGAGGGAGGCCUGAAGGAGCUGGUGCUGAGGUGGUUCACUGAGACACAGGCAGCGAUCAUCCUCAACAAUGGAAACUUCCCAAACUGGUUUCAAGGCUUUGCUGCGAGAAAGGACGCGGAAGAUCUACUGAGAGAUAAAGCUCUGGGCUGUUUUCUCAUUCGCCUCAGCGAUAAAGCCAUUGGCUACAUCCUGUCCUACAAGGGCCACGACAGGUGCCGCCAUUUUGUCAUCACCCAGAACCAAGAUGGGCAGUUUGUCAUAUCAGGAGACUGUCAGACCUACGACAGUCUCACCGAGCUGAUAGAGCACUUCAGGGUCAGCCCCAUCCAGCCCUUUGGAGAAUACCUGACCUCCAGCUGUCACGAGGAAAACGCAGGUGAACUGUAUGACGUGGUGAAUUGCAAAUCCAAUGGGAAGUCUGGGGUGAGUGUCCAAGCUCUGCGGACUCUGUGGGACCAGAAAAAAGAUCAUCACAGCGACCCUGGCAACAAUCAAAGGCUUCGGCAGGAAAAUGACCCUCCAGCAGUUCAGCCGCCCGCGCUGCCACCUAAAUCCAAAAGCAGGAAACUGACGGGAACGGUGUCUGUAGACGCAAUGUCCCUCUCACAGGGUGUACCUCCAGUACCAAAAAGAGGAAUUCCUCUGGGCUUCUCCCUGAGCGGAUCUUUGCCUGAGUCAUCAUCAUAUUCCAGUGAAACCCAGACUGACUCAAACAGAUCAGAGAGACUGCAAGGAAACACAGCCCCAGUGCUAAAGACAGACAGAGACUCGUUUAACAGCACUGACACAAGCUACCCUGAAAAUCUUUGUCCAGCAGGUACCACAUACUCUGAGCUGACACAGGUGGAGAGCAGGAGUAAAUCUCUGCCACAACUGGACAACAACAACAUGGAGGAGGAGGAGUACUCUAAUCGGCUCAGUAGUCCCUCCUUCACAACAUCUUACUCACCCACUCCCCUGAAGAGGGUCACCUGUCACACCUACUCCCUCCACGGUCCCGGGGCUCAGAGGCCGAGCAUCUCCAGGUCCGAGCAGCAGAGCGAUGAUCUGGAAAUGCUGAGAUCCAACCCCUUGUACCAGACCUCUGAGGUGCCUGGAGGGAGUUCAGCUCAGCAGGGAGAUGGUAUGUACGCUGAGGUCCCCCAGAGGCCAACGCCUGCUGGUUUACCGGAUGACACCUACGAGCAGAUCCCCGGGGAGGCCAACGCGGUCCAAGGCAACACUUAUGAGUCGCUGGAUGACAUGAAGACCAAGAAGUCCAAAUCCACCUGGGGGAAAAAUAAUAUGAAAUGGAAGAAAUUCCUCCCUGAUUACAAGAAGAAAUAAAUGUCACAAAGGACUCAGCAUGUUUCAUAUUUAGUUUCAUUAAGACAGAAAUGAAAUGAGUAUUAAAAAUAUAAACUUUUAUCAUAGUAUUUUAUUAAGUAUGAAUGUGUAGAAUUCAUGUGUCUAUAAAUUCAGCAGCAGUUGUCAUUUUAGUAUAUUCUGGUCAUUUCCCUCACAUGU